AUGUGGCUUAGAUUCGAGGACUUUCAAGGGAAGGUUCAGUCUUGGUGGGAGGAAGCGAAUUUCAUAGGCUCUGCUAGUUAUGUGUUAGCUAGAAAGUUUCAGUUUCUUAAAACUGAGUUAAAGAGGUGGAAUAAAAAAGUGUUUGGGAAUCUUGAAUGGAAGAAGAGUAGAGUUCUCGCUGAUAUUGCUGAGCUUGAUCGUCUUGAUGAGGAGGGACAGAGUGGGGAAUCAUUACGCUCUAAAAGAGCCUCUUGCCAAGCGGUUUUUGCUGAGAUUGCUCUUAUGGAGGAGAUCUCGUGGCGCCAGAAGUCUCGGGCUUUGUGGUUAAAAGAUGGGGAUCGUAAUACAAAAUUCUUUCAUAGACUUGCCAAUGCUCACAGAAGAUGUAAUCACAUCGAGCGUAUCCGGGUCAAUGGUUCUGAAUUGUGGAGGGAGGACGAGGUGCGCGGGGGAAUCGCUUCUUUUUAUUGGCAGCUCUACACCGAGACUUUGGAUUGGAGACCUACUCUUGAUGGUCUUCUAUUUAAUUCUAUUUCUGUGUUGGAUAGUGAUAGGAUUGAGAUUCCAUUCAUGGAGGAGGAAGUGUUUAAGGCACUUUCAGGUUGUAACGGGGACAAAGCUCCAGGGCAGAUGGGUUUACUAUGCGGUUUCUUAAGGAGAGUUGGGAGGUGGUGCGAGCUGAGGUGA